CGUAUCUGCGUCAUUUCAGACGUUUAAAGUAUCUCUACGUGUUUCCGGUGUCGUGGCGAUCACACACAGAACAGUUUUACUCAUCAGUCAGUAAACCGGCUGAAACACAACACAAACAUGAUUUCAUUAACGGACUCACAGAAGAUCGGGAUGGGGCUGACGGGUUUCGGCGUGUUUUUCCUCUUCUUCGGAAUGAUUCUGUUCUUUGAUAAAGCACUUUUGGCCAUAGGAAAUAUCUUGUUUGUUGCAGGUCUCUCAUUUGUUAUCGGACUGGAACGGACUUUCAGGUUCUUCUUCCAGCGGCAUAAAAUGAAAGCCACUGGUUUCUUUCUGGGAGGUGUUUUCGUGGUGCUCAUCGGAUGGCCGAUUGUAGGUGUCGUCCUGGAGGUUUAUGGAUUUUUUCUUCUCUUCCGGGGCUUUUUCCCAGUAGCGGUUGGCUUCAUUAGGCGGGUGCCUAUUCUGGGAUCUUUACUGAACCUUCCUGGCAUCAGUGGACUAGUGGAUAAAGUUGGUGAGAGCAACACCAUGGUAUAACGGUCAACGGUUUAGUUUUUUGUUUUAGUUUUCUAUGAGUGGCUCAUAUUUAUAUUUGUCAUAAUGUGCGUCGGGCUCAGCGUCUUGCUGGCCAACCUCUCUGAACCACAGCUGAGACUUUUUGAUAUUUUACCUGUGAAGAAGUUCGUGUUUUUUCUGGGACUGAUAACCAAACCAAGUCAGGCGAUGUCAUUGUUGCUGCAUCACGCAUCUCCCUCCAGGGGGCGACAGGGACCACUGCACCCCAAAUGACGACUAGAUGAGCGGACGAUGAAAUUCCACUGAAGGAAUCACUGGGUUCUGAAUAAAGUCGUUACUGUUUUUUUAUGUUUUUAUGUGCCAACUAGUUUAUUUUGCUCUUUUUAAUUGUCAAAAUCUUGAGGCUAAUUUGGACUUUUUCCACAUGAGCUCCACCUAGUGGAGCGGAGACUGUUUCAUAGCACACACGAGGACAUUCAGCAACCUGCGUGAUAUGCUGUUAUAUUACAUGACUGACUUGUUUGUACAUACUUGAAAUGUGAGACUAAUAUACAUUUUUACCGACAAAGAUCCUGUUUAAUAAAUGGAUUAUAUCCUUGA